GGGUGUGAGCGGAAACCCCGGGAAACUAAACCAAUACAACAAGAUGGCGGAUGAGUCUUCUUUUGAUUUCAGCUCUUGGAACUGGAGAAAGGAAGGAAGGAAAAGAAAGACAGAGGCAGAGGAUGACGUGGAGAUAGUAAUGAUAGAAAAGAAAGUGAGAGAAGGCCCACGAGUGAACCCUAAUGACAUCAAGUUUGAAAAUGAUGAUGAUCUGGACUAUGCCAUUGCAUUAUCACUCCAAGAAACAGAAAAUAAAAAAGCAAAGAGACCAGACUAUGCAGCUCACCAUGUUACCAGUCCUUCCUUACUAAGUACAUAUGAUCCAAGAUCCAUCGUAGACGAGAGAUGGGAACUUGAAGACCCUCAUCCUAACAUACACGAACUCUUUGUACAGUUUGAUGCCAUGUUCUUUGAGCGGAGGCUAAUUAAUGCGGGCGUGGCUGUCUCAUGGGGACCAAGAAUGACACUGUGUGCUGGUUUGUGUUAUUACCAAACCAGAGCUGGUUUUUGUUCGAUAAAGUUAAGCGAGCCACUUCUCAAAUUAAGACCCAGGAGAAACUUAGUGGAGACACUAUUACAUGAGAUGAUACAUGCUUUGCUGUUCGUUACAUCAAAUAACAAAGACAGGGAAUCCCAUGGGCCUGAAUUCAGAAGUCACAUGGAGAGAAUUAAUAAAAUGACUGGAGCUAAAAUAACAGUAUAUCAUUCGUUUCAUGAUGAGGUUAACCUGUACAGACAGCACUGGUGGAAAUGCAACGGACCUUGUCAAAACAGAAAACCAUUUUUUGGAAUGGUACGACGAUCCAUCAAUCGAGCGCCUUCCAAGAACGACCACUGGUGGGCGGAACAUCAAGCAACUUGCGGCGGGACUUUCAUUAAAAUUAAAGAACCUGAGAAUUAUUCUGCUAAUAAGAAAAAAUAUUCAAAAAAGGAGCACGUGAAAUCAAGAGAUCUCAAAACUAUGCUUGAUUCCUCCUAUAGUAAAUCCCAUACUCAUACCACAGAGAAUGAGACUGAUUCUGGUACUGGAAUGGAAGUUAUUGAUUUGGUGCCCGAAGAUGACUCUGUGAGAGAGAAACGAGAGAAGAUGCUAAAAGCAGCCGAAAAAAGAUUAUUAAAAUCGGCAAAUAACAGCCCUAGAGACAUUCGAAAAUUUAUGGCCACACCUAGCAGCAAGACGACAAAUAAAUCCACCCUUAGCAACCAACAAUCUACUAGCAAUGACAUUCUUAAAACUGAAUCUACCUCUAUUAAUAAUAGCCAGGCAAGUGGGAGCGGUUUGAUCAGUCGAACUGAUAAUCGUCUCUGCCCAGUUUGUGGACGGAAUGACAUACCAGCUGCCACACUGAAUGCUCACAUAAGCUUUUGUCUUGAAGAAAUGGAACUGUCAGGAUCUGAUGAUAAUGAAUGAAAGAUACAAUGCAUUCAAUGAGAGAGAGAGAGAGAGUACUCAGAAUAUAAUCACCAUGUCUUUAUACUUAUUGUUGUCAUUAUUGUUAUUGAAUCUCUACUAAAUUAA